GCUCUUUACAAUUUUGUCGAUUGUUUUAUUUUAUUUUUUUUGUUUUUGCGUUUAUUUCUCCAUCUGGAAUUUGUAGAUCUGUUUAGUUUUUGCUCUAGAUUUGUUGCAACGGUCGAUUUUUUUUCCGCUCGAUGCUUUUUGUAUCGAGUUUCUUUCUCUUUAGAUUUUGCUGGUUCUAUUGAUUCAGAUGGAAGUAGUUUUCUUAUUUGAUUUCUAAUUUUUUUAUUCUUUUAUGUGUAAAAUUAGCUUAUUUUAAGGUUUUUUUUUUUUUUUUGCAAAUGUUCUUUGGAUUCAACCUUUUUUCGUUGGAGAUUUAGUUAAAAUUAGUUGCUUUAGUUUGAUUUGAAUUCGAUUUCGAUUUGUCAUUGCUAGUUAUGCAAAGGACUGUUCUUUUUGAGUUGGAAUCUGAUUUUAAAAGAUUUUAGAAUAUGUUUCUAAUUGUUUGAUUAAUGUGUGUAGAACUACUUAAUUUUUUUAAACUAAAAUGUUUGAUUAACUUCAAAUGUACUUGUGUCUCUGCUUGCACGAGAUGAGCGUUGUCGGGUUUGAUUUUGGCAACGAGAGCUGCAUUGUUGCUGUUGCAAGGCAGAGAGGGAUUGAUGUCGUGCUUAAUGAUGAAUCAAAGCGUGAAACUCCGGCUAUUGUAUGCUUUGGGGAGAAGCAGAGAUUCAUCGGUACUGCAGGUGCAGCAUCUUCUACAAUGAACCCUAAAAAUUCAAUUUCUCAGAUAAAGCGGUUGAUUGGCCAUCAAUUCUCUGAUCCUGAGUUGCAAAGGGAUCUCAAGUCCUUGCCCUUCAAUGUCACUGAGGGUCCUGAUGGAUAUCCUUUGAUUCAUGCUCGUUAUGUAGGUGAAAUGAGAACUUUUACCCCAACCCAAGUCUUGGGAAUGGUUUUGUCAAAUUUGAAAAGCAUAGCAGAGAAGAAUCUGAAUGCUGCAGUGGUGGAUUGCUGCAUUGGAAUUCCCGUAUAUUUCACUGAUCUUCAAAGAAGGGCAGUUUUAGAUGCAGCCACAAUUGCAGGCUUGCAUCCUCUUCGCUUGAUUCAUGAAACUACAGCGACAGCAUUGGCAUAUGGUAUUUAUAAGACUGAUUUACCUGAAAAUGACCAAUUAAAUGUUGCCUUUGUUGAUAUUGGGCAUGCUAGCAUGCAAGUUUGUAUUGCUGGCUUCAAGAAGGGACAACUCAAGAUACUGGCUCAUUCGUUUGACCGCUCCUUGGGUGGUAGGGAUUUUGAUGAAGUUCUAUUUCAGCAUUUUGCUGCAAAAUUUAAAGAGGAAUACAAAAUUGAUGUCUUCCAGAAUGCAAGGGCUUGUAUUAGGCUUCGAGCUGCUUGUGAAAAGCUAAAGAAAGUACUUAGCGCCAAUCCUGAGGCACCUUUGAAUAUUGAGUGCUUAAUGAAUGAGAAGGAUGUUAGGGGUUUCAUUAAGAGAGAGGAAUUUGAGCAGAUCAGUGCUCCAAUUUUGCAACGUGUGAAGAGGCCGUUAGAGAAGGCUCUUGCUGAUGCUGGACUUGCUGUUGAGGAUGUUCAUAUGGUUGAGGUUGUUGGCUCAGCCUCUCGUGUUCCUGCUAUGUUGAAAAUCCUCACAGAGUUCUUUGGUAAAGAGCCUAGGCGCACAAUGAAUGCUAGUGAAUGUGUUGCAAGAGGUUGUGCUUUACAAUGUGCAAUUCUCAGUCCCACAUUCAAGGUUCGAGAGUUCCAGGUUAAUGAGAGCUUCCCUUUCCUGAUUUCACUAUCAUGGAAAGGAUCCGCUCCAGAUGCUCAGAAUGGAGGAGCAGAACAACAGCAACUGGUUUUGCCAAAGGGAAAUCCUAUACCCAGUGUCAAGGCUGUGACAUUCUACAAGAUGAGUACUUUCAGUGUUGAUGUUCAAUAUUCUGAUGUAAGUGAUUUGCAGGUUCCGGCAAAGAUCAGUACAUACACGAUUGGUCCUUUUCCAACAAUAAGAAGUGAACGACCAAAAUUGAAGGUCAAAGUUCGUCUGAAUUUGCACGGGAUCGUGUCCCUUGAGUCAGCAACUCACUUGGAAGAGGAAGAAGCUGAAAUUCCAGUUUCAAAAGAGUCAGCAAAAGAGGAUACUAAGAUGGAGACUGAUGAAGCACCUAACAAUACUGCUGCCCCCAGUGCCAAUGAGACAGAUGUUAACAUGCAAGAUGCCAAGGGUACAGCUGAUGCAGCAGGGGUUGAAAAUGGUGUUCCUGAAUUAGGCGACAAGCCUGUGCAAAUGGAGACUGAUUUUAAAGUUGAGGCUCCCAAGAAGAAGGUGAAAAAAACAAAUGUCCCUGUGGCAGAGUUGGUUUAUGGUGCAAUGUUACCUGCAGAUGUUCAAAAAGCAGUAGAGAAAGAGUUUGAAAUGGCUUUGCAAGAUAGGGUUAUGGAAGAAACAAAGGAUAAAAAGAAUGCUGUUGAGGCUUAUGUCUAUGACAUGAGGAAUAAGCUUACUGAUAUAUACAACGAUUUUGUCACUGCUCCGGAGAAGGAAGAGUUUACUGCUAAGCUUCAGGAAACGGAAGAUUGGCUAUAUGAAGAUGGGGAGGAUGAAACAAAGGGUGUCUAUGUCGCCAAGCUUGAAGAGCUUAAGAAGCAAGGGGAUCCUAUUGAAGAACGUUACAGAGAGUAUGCUGAGAGGGGAACUGUCAUUGAUCAGCUUGCUUACUGUAUUAAUAGUUACAGGGAGGCAGCUAUGUCAAAUGGUCCCAAAUUUGAUCACAUUGAACUCGCUGAAAAACAAAAGGUCUUAAAUGAGUGUGUGGAAGCUGAGGCCUGGCUGAGAGACAAAAAGCAGCAGCAGGAACAACUUCCAAAGUAUGCCACUCCAGUUCUCUUGUCAGCUGAUGCGAGAAAGAAGGCUGAAGCACUAGACAGGUUUUGCAGGCCAAUAAUGACGAAACCUAAACCAGCUAAACCAGCCACACCUGAAUCACCACCAACCCCUGCAACCCAGGGAAAUGAUGUUCAGCCACAGGGUGCAAAUGCCAAUGCUAACUCGAAUGCAAGCCCUAACUGUAGUGCUGACCCCGGUGAAAAUGCGCCAGCAGGUACUGGUGAGGUCCCCCAAGCUUCCUUAGAGCCAAUGGAAACUGACAAAUCGGAGACUACAACUACUGCAUAAAUUAUUAGUCGGGUGGUUUGUUAAUUUUAUGCAGCCUGAGACAUAGUUGUAGGCUGACGAGGCUGUCUUGUUCGUUUCAAUUUGUAAAGCCUUGUCUUUUGCGACUCCAUUUUAUUAUUAAGGGUGAGUCUUUAGAAUCCGGGUUUUUCAAGAGAAAAAAACUGCAACGGGGCUUCCCAGGUAACAUUUUUCUGUUAAUGGGAGGCUAAAAUUUACUCUUUAAAGGAUUUCCAAGUGUUAAAUCAUUUUAUGUUUGUAGGAUUUUGUCACGAGAUUAAAAGUCACUUCAAUUCUGGGUAUUGUUGUUGAUGUCUUCAAAUGUUGGAUUUUGUUUCAAUUGAAGCUUCACAUUAUUA